AUGUUGGUUCCAUUUUUCACCUUCUUUGCAUUCAAUCUUAUCGUUGUUUCACAACAGCAAUCUGACAAGUUUUUGAUUGCUUUCGGUGAUUCGUAUACAUCUGGUGGAUCAGGAUCAUAUCCGCUUGUUGCUGGUAGAUUACUCAAUUGGCCAGCACGUAAUUUUGCUCAAGGUGGCUCAAAAAUGAGUCAUAUACCAACACAAUUAUCUACAGCUGGAAAUUCCUUAACAAAUGCAACUCAUGUUGUUUUUACAACUGGUGGUAAUGAUCUUGGUGUAGCAGAAUCUAUUCAACAAAUUGUCUUAAAAAAUAAUUAUACAGCUGUAGCAAAUAAAGUUCUGUCACUUAAAUCUCAACUUAUUUGGACUUAUAAAAUAAUCAAAGGUGCUCUUCGUGAAGGAACAAAAAUAUAUGCUUUACCUUAUGUUGAUUUCAUUAGUGUUGGAAAUAAGAUUCCUAAUGAAGCUGAUGCUCAUCGUUUAAUGGAUUUAUUAUCAGAUACGAUUAAGGCUGCUUCACAAGAAGCUGGUAUUGAUUUUAUUGAAGCUGUUAAAACAGCAUUUGCUGGACAUGAAAUAUAUUCAGCAGAUCCAUACGCUGCUGGUUUUAAUGAACCUGGUGCAGCACAUCCAAAUCAAAAGGGUUAUUAUAAGAUUGGUGAAGUAGUUGCUGAUUAUAUAAAAUCACAUUAA